AUGGAGCGCGUCUUCUCCGUGGAGGAGAUCCCCAACCCCUACUGGGCCCCGCCGCACCCUCAAUCGGCGGCCGCCGGCGCUGUUGCUGCACCAGGUGGAGGAGGGGGAGCGGGGGAUGCGGCGGGUGCGAUGAACCGGUGCCCGUCGGAGUGGUACUUCCAGAAGUUCCUGGAGGAGGCCGUGCUCGACAGCCCGGGUCCCGUCGCCGGCGUCGGUAGGGGCAGCGGUGGAGCUGGAGUUGAGGCGGCGGAGAGCAAGCCGCUGGGGGCCGCGGCGCCCGCGGCUGCGUCGAGCUCGGUUGUUGACCCCGUGGAGUACAACGCGAUGCUCAAGCAGAAGCUGGAGAAGGACCUCGCUGCCGUCGCCAUGUGGAGGGCUUCAGGUGCAGCACCUCCAGAGCAUUCUGCAGCUGUUUCUUCCUUGCCAAGUGUGGAUGUUCCGCAUGCAGCUCCUCUUAAACCCAUCGGAGGUACUGCAAGUCUAGUUCAAAACAAGCUAGCUGGUGCUCCAGGUGGGGGAUCAGGUCCACAUGUAGUACAGAAUGCCGAUAUCCCUAUUAAGCAAACCACUAGCUCUUCCUCACGAGAGCAGUCAGAUGAUGAUGACAUGGAAGGAGAUGCUGAGACUACUGGAAAUGCAAACCCUGUUCAACAAAGACUACAGAGAAGGAAACAAUCCAACCGAGAAUCAGCCAGGCGUUCGAGAAGCAGAAAGGCAGCUCACUUGAAUGAACUGGAGGCACAGGUAGCACAGUUAAGAGUUGAAAACUCUUCGCUGCUAAGGCGACUUGCUGAUGUUAAUCAGAAGUUCAAUGAGUCUGCUGUUGACAAUAGGGUGCUAAAGGCAGAUGUUGAAACCUUAAGAGCAAAGGUGAAGAUGGCAGAGGACUCAGUGAAGCGGGUAACAGGCAUGAACACGUUGUUCCCAGCCGUUUCUGAUAUGUCGUCCCUCAGCAUGCCAUUCAAUGGCUCCCCAACUGACUCCACCUCUGAUGCCGCUGUCCCCAUCCAAGAUGACCCAAACAGUUACUUCGCCAAUCCAAGCGAAAUCGGAGGCAACAACGGUUACAUGCCAGAUAUAGCUUCCUCGGCUCAAGAGGACGACAAUUUUGUCAACGGGGCUGCUGGCAAGAUGGGCAGAACAGCCUCGCUGCAGCGGGUGGCAAGCCUGGAGCACCUCCAGAAGAGGAUGUACGGAGGGCCGGCUUCAUCCGGGUCGACCUCCUAG